AAUAAAGGGAACACUUUGUAGCUGCUCAGGUGACCCUUCAUUUCAAAGAAUAUGAACAACCAAUAUAUACGUGUAGAAAUUUUUGCUUUGGAAACUUGUGAACUUAAAAAUGCUUGGGAAGAGAGGAUUCAAAAACAAAAUGAAGAACGACAAAUUGAAGCAGCUAGACAGCAAAGGAGUGCUCUAAAAAGGUAA